AUGAGCUACAUGGCAGUUAAUUCGCCAAAGAUGGGUGAAAAUGAGCAUUAUAAUGAUGUAGUGGAAGAGACGUCCAAGGAUGUGCGUCAGUUUAAUCAAGUCACACGCACCAUUGCCCAGAAGAUGUUGCUAUUUGGCACGCCGCAAGACUCACGAGCGAAUCACCAACAGCUCACUGAACUCACGGAUCGUGGUAAUAAGCUUGUGGCAAGAAUUAAUCGUAAAUUACAAGAGCUAGAUAAAGGUGCGAAGGCUGCUGGUGGUCGUGCACGGAAGACUCAAGUGGCAAAAUUGUCUUUGGACUAUAAGAAUCAACUUAAGAGUUUUGAGGAGACGUGUCAGAAGUUGCUGGCGGCUGAGAGAGCAGCGGUCUCUAACCUUCGGAAGUCAUCGCUUUCUUUCCGCUCAGAUGAUGAUACAAAACUUGAAGGUUUUGACGGAUACAACGAGGAUCAGAUCUAUGCACAAGCCAAUGUGACGAGAUAUAAUGAAGAUGAUUUGAUCCGAAGAGAAGAAGAUAUUCUCAAAAUUAACCAGCAACUGCAUGAGGUCAAUGCAGCGUACCGAGAGGUGGAUGGACUGGUACAGGACCAGGGCGAGUUAGUGGUCGAUAUUGAGGAUAAUACCGAGACAGCUCAGGAAAAUGCACAGGGCGCACUGCGCAAUGUACGAGAAGCCAACGAAAAGCGGGGUUUGUGCAAGUGUUCAAAAUCUAAACUUAUUUGUACUGGUCUAUUCGCUUUAAUGAUUAUUGCGGCCGUUAUUGCAAUCGUGGCGGCUGUUAGCUAA